AUGUAUGAUCAACAACGGGAGAUAUCAACCAAGGACAGUGAUGCUGAUGAUAUAUUCAAGCGUAUAUAUGUAUGUAUGUAUGUAUGUAUAGAUAUAUCAGAGCAGUGGUCCCUCGGGAUGGAGAGGAUGGUAAUAGGCCAGGAGAUGGGAGAAGGGUGGCUGGCAGGAUAUAUAUGGACGAAGGCCUUUCGUCUGGAGGGGUUCUUUUGGCUGGAUGCAGAGAAAAUCAAGAUGCGAUCGGGGUCAGAAGAUAAGGUCGUCCUUUAA